AUGUCUUGUGCGCAGCAAGAAAAGAUGUUGUUUCGCAGCACACGAGGAGCUUUCCUCGACAUGAGCUUCGAGGAGGCCGUGUUCGAAGGGCUGGCUCAAGACGGAGGACUUCUGGUCCCUCACUUCAUUCCAGAUGUUAGCAACGAGUACAAGAAGUGGAAGAACCUGUCCUUCCACGAGCUCGCAUACCAGAUCGCCAAGCCGUAUGUGGGAGACGAGAUCCCGGAAGCUGACCUCAGAGACCUGAUGAAAAGGAGCUAUGCGCACUUCAAGGACAAGGACAUUGUCCCUACCAAGAAAGUAGGAGAUGUGCAUAUCAUGGAGCUGUUCCAUGGGCCCACGUUCGCGUUCAAGGACGUGGCUCUGCAAGCCCUGGGAAACCUCUUUGAGUACUUCCUGACGAGGUCGAACAAGAGGAUCACGGUAGUGGGAGCGACGUCCGGAGACACUGGGAGCGCGGCGAUCUACGGGCUGAGGGGGAAGAAGAAUGUGGAAUGCUUCAUCCUCUUCCCUGAGGGGCGCGUGUCUCCCAUCCAGCAGCUGCAGAUGACGUCGGUGCUGGACGAGAACGUGCAUUGUGUGGCUGUGCAGGGAACUUUCGAUGACUGUCAGGAUAUUGUCAAGGCGCUGUUCCGCGAUCUUAAGUUCAAGAAGUCUUACUCACUAGGAGCUGUCAAUUCGAUCAACUUUGCAAGGAUUAUGUUUCAGAUCACAUACUACUUCUACACCUACUUCAAGGUGUUUCCCAACUGCGACGGGAAGAUGAGCUUCAGCGUUCCAACAGGAAAUUUUGGUGACAUCCUGGCUGGGUACUACGCGAAGAAGAUGGGACUGCCUGUACAGCACCUCAUUGUAGCCACAAACUCCAACGAUAUCCUUGACAGGUUUUUCACGACAGGGAGCUAUGACAAAUCACCUGUUCAGCAAACUUUCUCGCCGUCGAUGGACAUUGGGAUCAGCAGCAACUUCGAGAGAUAUCUCUUCUAUCUCUUCGACGAGGACAGCAAGAUCCUAGCGCAUAUGAUGGAUGGUUUCAACAAGACGGGAAGGCUCUCUGUCGACGAGGCCCAUCUGGAGGAAGCGAGGAGGGACUUCCUUUCGGGCCGUUGCUCGGAGCAGGAGACGCUCGAUACCAUCUCGAAGUACCACAAGGACUUCAACUACACCCUUGACCCGCACACUGCAUGCGGAGUAAGAGCAGCAGAGCAGCUGCUUGACAGGAUGGAACCCGUAUGUAAGAAUGCCAGCGUCAAGCACGCGAUGGUUGUGUUGUCAACAGCCCACCCUGCCAAGUUUUCUACGGCUGUUCAGAAGGCAACUGGCUCACCCCCCAAGUUGCCCGAGGGGCUCGCGAAGCUGGAGAACGCGGAGGUCAGGUUUCAAGUCCUCCCGGCCAAGACCCCCUCCAUCAAGAACUACAUCGAGGUGACGAUUCCUGAUCCUACGGGCUCGCGGAACGUCUACACGCUGAAGCACUAUGCUGCGUCAUUGGUGGCACUCGGAUGUGCAUUUGGGUUGGGGGUUCUCAUGGGGAAGAGGGGUCAGUAA